AUGUCGACUACACUACACUAUUGCCAUAGGUGCAAUCCUCCUACUGAACCUGACGAUGAUCUUGCGGAUAGUAGUGUGCGAUCCAGGUGCUACUAUGCUAUGAUGCGUUGUUCUGCGAAAACCAGAUCUUGCUUGAGUUCUAUUGGUCCGGACAGAUACGACGAUAGCGAUGCUUUGAACGAUAAUGUGUUCAAUCCGCUCGAAGCUCUCAACGCAUGCAUCACUUGUGGAGUGCAUUGCCAUCGAGUAUGCGCUGGUCCACCGUGGUCCACCUACACUCCGGAGGAUGAUGGAGAGGAAGAAAAAUGGCAAUGCGAGGAAUGCAGGUGA